AUGGACUCUACCACCGAACGCAGCUAUACCGACGAGGAGCUCGACCGCGAAUGGCAGCCGACCUCCCGCCGACCUCUAUCCAUCACCAUGGAUCAGCAUCACCAGGACACACAGUCCCAGAAACAGCACCGACGGCUAACCCUCAACUCUGACGAUAGAACUAUCGCUCGCUCCUUUUCCGACGAGCUCAUGGAUAUUUUUCGCAUUGACAAUUCCGUGGCCGACCUCGAUCGGGAAGUCGACAGUAGACGAGCCAAGGUGAACCGCAACACUAUGGAGCUUGCCUCCCUCGAGGCCCGCCUCCGCGAGAUGGAAGAGCGUCUCAAGCAGAACCAGCGCAUGCGCCCCGACCUCGAGGUCAAGACGUCGGACAUGUCAAAGCAGGCUCCCAGCCACCCACCGCCUCCCCCUCCGAGCAAGGACGACAAGGCUCGCUCUCGUCCCGGCAGCGCCCGCGCCCCCCAGCAGGCUCCUAGUGCUGGCAACAUGCCCCCUACCCCGGGCGGCAGUGAAGUUCAACGGCCUUUUCUCCCCACUUGCCUUUAUACGGCCGACGUGCUUCUUUUCUUUUGGUGGCCGUAUAACCUAUUCGUCUACCUAAUACUACCCAUGGACUGUCUUGUCUAUUGGGUCGCCUACUUCUCUUCUCCCAACGCGAAGCCACGCAAGCUACGGCCAGUCAGCAUAAUAUAUAUUCGACACCAAUACCACAUACAAGCUACGGGCACACCGAAUCAAGUCUUGCAACAUCAUAACAAGAGACAGACUCGAACACUUUCUGAUAUCAAGGCCAGCUGCAAACUCGAUUUGAUAAACCACUGGGCCAAUCCGGUGCCGCCUUUUCUUCUUGUGCCAGAGAGGUCUAUAAUCACCGUUUUGGCAUUGGGUGUAGGAAACUGGAAAUAUGAGUACGCCGAGAGUCGUCUGCUUGAGAGGGCGGGCGACGUGGUGACUUGA